UCGGAAAAGUUGUUCAAUUUGUAAAAUCUUUAAAUAUUUAAAUAAUUAUUAUAGUUAAAUAAUAAGACUAAUGCUAUCAAUGAAGUUAGGCAUAUAAUAUAGAAAGUAAAAAAGCAAACGAUGAAAGUGUUUUCAAUAAGCGACAUACCAGAAUUUUCCAAUAAGGACCGCAUAGUUGUAGUCGGAAUAAUAGGAAAGUCUCCCUAUCGAUAUCCAAAUAAAGCUAGUCCUCUAGUAACUGUACCUGCCUGGGAAGAAAAUGGUAUCCAAUGUCACUGGGAUGAAAGGCAAAGCAUACUCUACCUUCACGCAGUCACAUAUCUCGACACAAAGCAGUUAACAGCCCUCGCAGAGGAUUUAAAUGAUAACUCAACUAGUACAGUCAAAGAUGCAGAUGCGGCACACUGGCUUGUCGCGUCUGGCGAACUGGCGAUUGAUUCUUGUAAAGCAAUAGCCCUGCUUUUUCAUUUGUGUCACAUUGUUAUAUUGUCAUCUCCCACUCCAGUAUUUGAUUUGGGGUAUUUGCAGUUGUUUAAAGCUGUGGAUGCUUAUAGAAAUGAGUUAACGGGUCUAACAACAACAGCCUUACUGGAUGCUGGUGUAUCUGGAGCUUGGGAGGCCCACGGUAGAUCCUGCUGUCCUCGCCUCCUGUUCCACUUCAGAAGAGCCCCAACACCACUACGCAAGAACCCAGCAGGUUUGAAACGGCUGGAGCAUGCUGUGGAGGACCAGAUAUACUUUAUCUUGAGGAAAGCUAGGAUUAUUACUAAUGUGUGUGCCAAAUCACUAUUUGCAAUACCCAAAAAUGAGGAAUUUGUAUACAUAAGUGCUGAAGAAAACAAUGGAAACGCUAGGGAUAUGAGUUCUCUAGUGAGAGGGCUUGUGCAAUUGUGUUCAGGCACACAAACUGAGGUCACAGCUCGACCAACUUUUGGGCAAUUUCUACAGACACAUCUGGAUGUGGCAUUUGGAGAAGGUUUCGAUGAUAACGUCGGGAAAUAUGCUAUGAGCACAUCGUUUUUUGAGCUACCUAGUGCAAGUUCAUGGCGUUCGGCCGCUCAAGCUCUAACCCCAGUCUAUUUGAAGGAGUCUCCGAAAGUUGAUGAAGACCAGGAAGCAAGUGGAGCCCUGUUUGACGCUUUGGCUACUGAUGUUAGAUUCUCGCAAGCUAGGUGUGCUAAGGUAUUGCCUAUAGCUCAAGCAUCUUAUGCUGAAGGUCUACCAUCUCACUAUUCAAGCCAACAUCAUGCUCAUAAGGUAACAGUAGCCCUAGGGGUAGUAGCGGCAAUGGCCCGCGGGCCGCUAGCGCGCGGCGCCCGGGCCCGCCUGCGUGCCGCGUGUGCUGCCGCCUGGCGGACGAGGCGCUUGUGUGAAGCACCCUCACUCACUUCGCACCCCUGUAUCAACCCUGACCAUGACAGUUCCAAAGACCACUCAUCCGGCGUCCGCUACAUAAGCGUGUGCAACUGCGGUCGCAGCAAGUGUUCCCGGGACGACCCUUACACGGUCAAAAUGGCGAACUACACCUUCUACACUUACGCGGCGGAAGAGUGUGGUGUGUGUAAUACGCUGCAAAAUGUGGAAUUUCCUGUUUUCCAACCGUCUACGCCGAGUUUUAGAGCGGCAUCACUAAAAGGAUCUUCACAAGAAACCCAAGAAAGACUGGAGUCUCAAGUGGACGACGAUUCCGCAGAGUCACCGGGUGCUUCGCCCCCGCGUUCCGAAGGCUGGUCUCCACCGGAUGAACUGUCUCCAGGCUCUGAAAAGGAUGAGGAGGAGGAAGAAGAACCUGCUUGCAGUGAUGAUGCUAUUGAUGUGAUGCCGGUCAGAGAAGAUACAGCUAAAGAGAAAGCAAUAAGCCGGCAGCCAUCAACAACAGAGUACUUACCGGGCAUGUUGCACAUGACAAGCCCGGCUGGUCUAUUGCCACCUUUCCCGAGCUGGUCUCUGGUAUGUUUGGGAGCUUCGUCCCUGUACUCCCAUAGUUUGGGUCUGCCUGAACACUUGCAGCCUGGGUUCCUGCCACAUACUAACUAUUUGCUGCCGUGGGAUUGUACUGUGCGCAUGGAGCAAGCGAAUGUAUGGCGCACGUCCACUAGAGGGCGCGGCAAGGGCGGCGCACCACACAACCUUACUGUCAAGAUAUUUAUUGGCUUUGAGUAUGAAUGCCCUAGAGGACACAGGUUCAUGAUGUCGUCCCCGGACACAGUGGUAAACGGGGGCGGGACAGCGUGGGGCGGUCCCGGGGCCACGGGCGUGGGGGCGGGGGCACGACUCGCUGCUAGUGCCAUGCCAUUAUUCGCACCGUGCAUAUGCCGCCCUAGUGCCAUGUUGGCACAGCUCAUGCGCUUGCAUGUUGUCACGCCGAAGGCUAGCGUGCAUGUCACGCUGCAACCGAAGGUGCAACCAGUACCCCUUGGGCCGAUAUUCAUACCUCAGCCAGAUUCAGAAGGGCCCAUAAAACUCAGUGCUUCAGCUUACUGGAUCCUACGCCUGCCCUAUAUAUACGCGGAUGAAAGAGGCCCCAUACAACGGCCUAGGACAGCUUCUGGCCACAUGGGGACUAUGCUUACACCCUUGUUUGGGUUGCAAGAAUAAAAAUAUAAUAAUAAA